CGACAACGUCUGCUGCAGCACUCUGUAUCACCAGGUCUCUGCAUGCCCUGCAUGUCCUGCAUCUCCUUCAUAUCUCAUAUCUUUAUGAUCGAUAGACAUUGCCUCUGCGCAGAUCCCUCACCGCUGCUGUUAUAAACCCGACUCGUCCAUUUGUUCAUCGAUCACCCUGUCCUCCUCUAUCUCCUAUACUUUCUCCAUCUUUGAAUGAGAAUAGAAGAACAAUAAUCAAAAUGACAGUCCUCGAAAAUACACCAGACGAAAAGCCCACGGCCUCCAGCGCACCGUGGUGUAGCCCCGUUACAGAACGGUACAACACCCGCAUCGUGUUAACAACAUACCCCGGCCAAAGCGCCGUAAAUCCCGUCCCUCUAAAAUGGGGCGAAAAAGACCCGCAAGAACGCGGCCCUAUCCUUGUCUCCCGCAAUGGUAAAACCCUCAACAGACGCAACGCCAUCGGCGCCCACGGCGGUAGCUACGCCUUCUACAGCGCCCUUGCCAUCGCCGCCGGCGACCUCCCCGUGAACUUCAAGCCGGAUUUUACAAAUACACAGCCGACAUUCGACUUUCCGCCCCAGGAGGCAUGGGGGGAUCCUACCAAGAUCGUCUCGAUGGACCCCUUCGGCCACGAUGUCGUGAAGCACUACAAGAAACAUCUCGAGGAUGGGCUGGAUGCUCGUCCGACUAUCGCCAUUACCCGCGCAACGAUGAGAGUCUCCGAAGUGUCCGACGCGGUCAAGAUCGGCCGCGUCCCCGUUGAUGGGGAGAUCGUUCUAAAUCCCUCCGGAGAUGUCCGCGUCACCAAAGUAGCCGUCGAACCAGUCUGGUAUUUACCGGGGGUUGCUGCGCGAUUCGGCGUGGACGAGGGACUCCUCCGACGUGCAUUGUUCGAACAUACCGGUGGCAGUUAUCCGGAGCUCGUUACUAGACCGGAUAUCAAGGUCUUCUUGCCCCCCAUCGGCGGGUUGACGGUUUACAUCUUCGGACCGCCGGGGAGGGUAUCGGAUCCGAAUUUCCGACUGGCACUGCGCAUCCACGACGAGUGUAACGGGUCGGAUGUGUUCCAGUCUGAUAUCUGUACGUGCCGGCCUUAUCUGACCUUUGGGAUUGAGGAGGCAAUCAAGGAGGCGCAGAACGGCGGUUCCGGAGUGGUAAUCUAUUUCCGAAAGGAAGGACGGGCUCUAGGUGAGGUCGUCAAGUAUCUCGUCUAUAAUGCCAGGAAACGGGGUGGGGACACGGCCGAUAAGUACUUCCAGAGGACAGAGAAUAUUGCCGGCGUUAAGGAUAUGCGCUUCCAAGCCCUCAUGCCUGACAUCCUUCACUGGCUCGGCAUCAAGAAGAUCGACCGCAUGCUCUCCAUGUCGAAUAUGAAGCACGACGCCGUCGUGGAACAGGGUAUUCCUAUCUUGGAACGGAUUCCUAUUCCUGAAGAAAUGAUCCCGGCCGACUCGCGCGUCGAAAUUGACGCCAAGAUUCACUCGGGCUACUUCACGACGGGUCGGAAGUUCACAGAGGAAGACCUGAAGCAGGUCAAGGGUCGGGGAUGGGAGUGUUGGGAGGAUGUUACGCACUGAACUUGAUGCAUAUACCGAGAUACAAGCAUAGCACUUAAUUGAGUUGUUUUUUUGGUUGGAAAGCAACCACCGUGUACUGUGUGAACCCGUAGAAAGAAGGAAAAAUCACAUCUCAAUCAACGCAGAACCCGUACUCAAAUAACCCUCCACAAUAGCGUCCUCUAACCUCAUCUUCUUGAAACCCCCCAAAUCCACCGGCCUCAACUUGCCCUCCUCGAACCACCUCCCCAAGACCCGCAUAUCCCCCGCUAUUUCCUCCAGCGAAUACGCGGCCGUAUUGCACCCAACAAGCUGUAUCUCCUUCCGAUACGCCUGGAAAAUAUCGAAUGAGACUUCCUUGCUGAUAUUCGGGUCCCUGGGCGCCGCGAUCCACGCGUAUCUCCCGCGGAAAGCGAGCGAGGGUAUCGCGGCGGCCAUUAGGGAAGUGUUCCCUAUGGUAUCGAUUAUGACAUCUGCUCCCUUUCCGUCGGUGAGAGCCGAGAUUUUAGACGGGAGGGUUAAGUAGUUUGGUGUAUCGCCCGUGGGGAGUUCGAUGUCUAUAUUAUCGCCACCACCGCGUGCAGCCCUUAAGACAGAACACCCCAUAGCCCUAGCAAUCUGCACAGUUGCCGACCCAACACCCCCCCUAGCACCAAGAACAAGCACUGUGUCCUCCUUUUUAACCUGUGAGCGUUUAAGACAGGUUAACCCCGUGGUGAACGGGACCCCGAUAGUGGCUGCUUCGGCAAGUGACAAUGAAGAAGGUUUCUCAACCAGCGCCGUCAGCGGAACAAGACAGAACUGCGCAUGCACGCCGUCGAGUGUAAAUCCGAGCGCUGAGCCGGACGUACCGUAGACUUCUUUGCCGAGCCAAGUUUCUUUCUCUCUCUCCUCACUGUUGUUCUUGUCGUUCCCGCUAUCCCUGUCGUUGCCUUCCGAGGGAAGAGAAACAUCAACGACCACCCCGGCAUAAUCCCUCCCAGGUAUCUUCGGAAACGUCGUUUUAGAAAAAUGCCCCUUUGCAUUCAUCCUAUCUGAGGGCUGGAUAGUGGAGUAUUUGAUCUUGACGAGGGCGUGGCCUGGUUUGAGCCUGGGAACGGGGAGGGUGGAUAGGGUUAGUUCUGGGGGGGAGGAGGGUGAAUCCCUAGUCAGAAGGAGGGCUUGUUGGGACAUGUUGUUAUAGUUGUUGUUGUAUUGCUUCUGUCGAUUAUCGUGUAAUUAAUUUACAGUUGCAGCUAGAAGAGGAUUAUAGGGCCUUUAUAUAGAUGAAU